GCACAGAUGAAGUGAAUGUAUAUUUAUUGUUCCAAAAAGGUGUCAACAGUAAUAAGAAGUUUCUGGUUGGUGGCUCUUGCCCUAAUAACAAUGUCAGAGGCAGAGGAAAAUGUUGAGACAUUGCGCUCCGUUGUGGAAGGUGCAAAUCAAUUUAGUUCCUCAUUCUUCCAGACCGUUGUAAAACAUAAUCCUGGCAACCUUAUUACGUCUCCUCUAAGUGAAGCUAUUGUUCUUGCUAUGAUUGCUUUUGGAGCUCGUGAAAACACAGAAGCUCAGUUUAGAAAUGUACUUCAUCUACCAACGUCACAGAGUCUUGCCACAUCUGGUUAUCAAUCACUUGUUGAUUAUCUCAAGAGUAUUAAAGACAAUAAACUGACUGUUGCAAAUAAAAUCUUCGUAGCAGCAAGAUUAAAUUUGAGACCGAGUUACAAACAUUUAACAGAAGUUUACUUCCGCUCUGUUUCUCAAUUGGUAAACUUUGCGCGAAAUAAAGAAGCUGCAAAUAUGAUUAAUAGUUGGGUCGAACAAAGUACAAAUAAUCUCAUUAAAGAUCUUAUAAGUGCUGAAAUGCUAGAUGACACGACAGGGUUAGUACUUGUCAAUGCAAUAUAUUUUAAAGGCCAAUGGAAGGAUAAGUUCGACCCUACGUUGACGAGCGAUAUGCCAUUUCAUACUAGUAAAGUUGAAGUGAAAAAUGUUCCUACAAUGUAUAGACAAGGUAAUUACAAAUAUGGAAAUCUUCCAGAUUUAAAUGCUAAAUUCGUUGUAAUACCAUACAAGGGUGACGAAUUGAAUAUGAUCAUAAUUCUUCCAAAUGAAAUUGAUGGUUUGUCUGAUGUUGAGAAAAAAUUACAAAAUACAAAUCUAACGAACAUUCUAAGUCAAGGAUAUGAGGAAGAAAUGGAAUUAUGGUUACCAAAGUUCAAGGUGGAAAGUAUGCUUGAACUCAAUGAUGUCUUAAAAGAGAUGGGUUUGACUGAUGCGUUUACUAAUGCUGACUUUUCUGAUAUUGCUGAUGGUGCAAAUUUGCGUAUCAGUGAUGUUAUACAAAAGGCAUACAUUGAAGUGAAUGAAGAGGGAAGCGAAGCUGCUGGUGCUACUGGAGUGGUGCUUAUAUAUUACUCGUAUCCCAUUUGCACUCCAAUGAAAAUAGAUAGGCCGUUCUAUUAUGCUAUUUAUAAAAGCCAAGCAGAAAAUCGAGACAUCGUAAUGCUAUUCAGUGGACACGUUAAGGAUCCUCGGAUCGUCACCAUGCGUAUAUUAAUAAAAAGUUUCUGGCUGGUGGCUCUUGCCCUAAUAACAAUGUCAGCGGCAGAGAAAAAUGUUGAGGCACUGCGCUCCGUUGUGGAAGGUGCAAAUCAAUUUAGUUCUUCAUUUUUCCAGAUUCUUGUAAAAGACAAUCCUGGCAACCUUAUAACGUCCCCUUUAAGUGCAAGUAUUGUUCUUGCUAUGACUGCUUGUGGAGCUCGUGGAAACACAGCAGCCCAAUUUAGAAAUGUACUUCAUCUACCAACAUCAGAGAGUGCUAUUACAUCUGGUUAUCAGUUACUUAUUGAUAAUCUCAACAAUGUGAAAGACAAUAAAUUGGCUAUUGCAAAUAAAGCCUUCAUAGCAGCAGAUUUAAAUGUGAAACCAAGUUACAAAGAUUUAACUGAAGUUUAUUUCCGCUCUGCUUCUCAAUUGGUAAACUUUGCUCGAAAUAGAGAAGCCGCAAAUAUUAUUAAUAGUUGGGUCGAACAACAUACAAAUAAUCUCAUUAAAGAUCUUAUAAGUGCUGAAGCCCUAAGUGAUGCAACAAAGUUAGUACUUGUCAAUGCAAUAUAUUUUAAAGGCCAAUGGAAGGAUAAGUUCGACCCUACGUUGACGAGCGAUAUGCCAUUUCAUACUAGUAAAGUUGAAGUGAAAAAUGUUCCUACAAUGUAUAGACAAGGUAAUUACAAAUAUGGAGACCUUCCAGAUUUAAAUGCUAAAUUCGUUGUAAUACCAUACAAGGGUAACGAAUUCAGUAUGGUCAUAAUUCUUCCAAACGAAAUUGAUGGUUUGUCUGAUGUUCAGAAAAAAUUAGAAAAUACAAAUUUAGCGAACAUUUUAAGUCAAGGAUAUGAGGGAAAAGUGAAAUUAUGGUUACCAAAGUUCAAGAUGCAACGUAUGUUUGAACUUAAUAGUGUCUUAAAAAAGAUGGGUUUGACUGAUGCGUUUACUAAUGCUGACUUUUCUGAUAUUGCUGAUGGUGCAAAUUUGCGUAUCAGUGAUGUUAUACAAAAGGCAUACAUUGAAGUGAAUGAAGAAGGAAGCGAAGCUGCUGCUGCUACUGCUGUCAUUGGGUCAAUCAGAAUGAGUGAUAUAAUGAGUGAUCCUAUACAGGAAUUCAAAAUUGAUCAGCCAUUCCUUUAUUAUAUCAUAAAAACUAUAAAUGAUGAAAAAGAUAUUAGCUUAUCAUUAUUCUGCGGUUCUGUUAUCGAACCUGAAAUCUAAGAACAAUAAUAACAUAAUAGUAAUAUCAUAGUAAUAUAAUAAUUAAUUCGUGUGUUCCGUAGUUAUAAGCUUUUUAGUAAUACCCUUUUCAACAAUAACUGUGUUGCGCUCACUU